AUGGCGGACCUGCGAGAGCCUUUCGAGCUAUGUAAAGUUUUACAGACCGGUUCAUUAAUUGGAAUCGCCAGACAUGUUGACGAUGAUCAUGUAGUUCUAACUUUUAGAGACAGAGGAGUCCUUGUUUAUAAUGUGAGUAAUGAGUAAGCAUUUUAGGCCGGAAGGUACAGUAGAAGUUACCCCGGUAGGGAAACGAAAAACAGUUCGAGUUAGCAGGGAAUUCGAGUUAUUGGGAUAAAUUUCAGUGCAAUUUUGAUUAAGGGAAAGGAAAUUUAGUUCGAGUUAGCGGGGAAUUCGAGUUAUCCGAGUUCGAGUUAUCGAGGUUCUACUGUAUAAUACUAUUAUGAACUCUCUUGAUUGCAUUGAUUCUUGUAGGUUCUCAAGCCGUUAUUGUACAUUGAUUUUCUUUCACAGCUUCAGCACCAGAAGCUUAUUAAUAGCUGGUCUGUGGAGCAAAGAGAGGAAGUAACUUGUCCUGCUGUUCACAAUCCAAUCGAUGCAAAUUUCUUAGUCGCUGUAAACAAAACGGUAAGCAGAAAAUAAUUUGAUGAUGAUGAUGAUAAGUCUCUCUCUCUCUCUCUCUCUGAACGUAUUUGCGCAUCAUUGAUUAUUAUUUUUCAUUUACCUCAUUGAAAUAAGGUACGUUGAGGUUUGAGAAGUUUCCCUUAAAGAAUUUAGCUUAUGUGGAUCACAGUCCACAGAGUUAACUUGAGGAAUACUUUUUUUGCAGGAACUUUUUAUGUGGAAAGAAUCUGAUUCUGAUUUUAAGAAAUGUCAAAGAUUCCAAGUAAGUACUUUUUAUUACAUGUACGUUAUAAAUCUGGUAGUCAUGAGGUUCCAAAUGUAAAUUUGUUUGAUUUUAUAGUUCCGCUGGUCUAUUGUGGUAAAGUUUUGAGUUCCUCUGCAAACAAGCUGAAACAAAACUUAAAUGCUUUUUCUAUAGAGGAAUAUAUUCUAUGAAUAAUAAUUGUUUGGUACAGGAUGUAGUUGAUUCAUUGUGUUUAAAUUUGACCUUUGUGACCUUUUUGUGAUGUUUUGUCAUUCGUAAACAAUAGCUUGAACGUUAUACAGAUAGAUCAGUGUUCAGACAGCUGUGCGGGUGGGGAAGGGGGGUACAGGCAAAGUAUGGCAUUUAAAAACUAUGUUUGAACACUAUGUUGAAUGGAUUCUGUUGUUGAGGUCCUGCGAAACGUCCCUAUAUUUGUGAGAAAAGAGGAGAGAUGUCUGUAUUCAAUGGCUAACUUUUUUUUCUUCCUCUUUGGGAUUGUGCCAAUCACCUUAUAUGAACAAUGCUUGCAGUCUAGUUGUAUCACUGACCACUUACUGCUGUAGAUAUGCUGCCUUGUUAAGUGUGAAAUGGUGAAGGCAGAACUGGAAAACACAAAAUCCAUCUGUGUUGAUCCAAAAUUAAUAAUAUUAUUAUUUGUUAAUGAGACUCUUUAGAAAGUUAUUAUUCAAUCAACUUAGUUGCUUUUUAUUUUUUAAUUGUAGACAGAGAAAGAAAUAUUCAGUCUGCUUGUGUGGAAUAGCUUGCAACAUGAUCCACUUAUUAUGUUUGAAGAUGGUUCUUCAAAAUUUUUAGCAGAGAUUGUUAGUGCUAGUGAAAGAAAAAGAGUGAAAAGACACAGGACCAUGGAAUCUACACAAGAGUAAGCUCAAAUUAAUAUCUUUUGUUUUAAUAAACUGGAAACAUAAUAUAUGUAACUGACUUCACGUGUUUUAUGUUCCAUAAUAAAAAUAAAACUUCUGUGGAAAUGUGUGUAUCAGUAAGCCUGUAAUUAAGAGAUUUGUUAAUAUGUGAUUUGUGGUGCAGUGCUAAGAUAUAUUUGCAUCCAAGAACUUCAAAUUCACUGCAUAAGGUUUGCAACUGUUUGUUACUUAAUUACUACCCUACAUGUAUGUCUAUAUAAAGGGGAGCUGUUCUCUCACAACUCAUGUGCUUUCUAAAAUUCUCAGGUUGUUAUACAUGUACUCAGUGGAACCUUGCUAUUACACUGUACAUCCACCAUUAGGCCAUGAAAAAUUUGGUUACAAGUGUUUCAACAGAGUUGCCUAUACCUAAUAAAUUGUGAUGGUUUUAUUAAAGGAGAGAUUUCUAUUUCUUGUUGUUACAUUGUCAUUAAAAUUGCUGUGUUCAAAGUCAACAUCCAAGUACUUACAGGUUUCAACUCUACUUUUCAGUUUUAGAAUUCUUUGGAGCUGUGUUUUCAGUUAUCAGAAUCAGCCAUAUUCUGGGUUAAUAGUACAUGUGGGUAUCAAACAGUAUAAGUUUUGUUUGUUUAUUCAUUGAUUUUGUACAUGAUGGAUACCAGCUUAUGCAUCACAUCCUCAUGUGUGUUGGCUGUUGGGUGGGUUUUUUAAUGAUACUAUUGAUAUAUUCCCACUUUAACCUUUAUUUUUUGUUGUGCUCUUUUUUAUAUAUGACCAAUAAAGGCUACAUGGCUCCUAUCUGAAAUUGUAAAGGGCUCAAGUAUUUGAACAUUUUGGUACCGCUUGGUUUGAAUUCAGAAUCUUCUUCUUUGACCUACACUUUUUUCUUAUUGUUUUGUUGUUAGCAUGCUGAUAAUCAACAUUGCUACCACUUGACUUUUCAUUAAUAAAAAUAAUUCUACUGCUUCUAUUUGUGAAUUGUCAACAUGGACUGGUUUUUGGUCUCAAAAUUGUUUUUUGAGUUACCACACUUUUAACUUAUUUCAAGUAACAAUUUAAGAGAUGCAAUCACCCAUCACUACUGACUUGUAAAUAUAAAUAAAUAAAUCUAUGUAAAUGAUAGUAUUUACAUACAUGUACUGUGAUUUAAUAGUAUUAAAUGCAUCAUUUCAGAUUACCGGCAAUUCUGCACCCCACUUACCACCCACAUCUAUUCUGUAAAUUACGUUGCCUUUGAGCUCUGAAUAAUCAUUUUUCCAAAUGACAUGUAAUGUUUGUUUUUAUUGUUUUAGGAUAAGGACAAGUACAUUAUAAAGAUAACUAAUCAUAGCACAUCAUGUCAACAAGAGAACAAGCAAGUAGAGUUUGAAUUAAUAUCUCCAGUAGAGGUAAAUAUGCAGGUGAUAUCUUGUUUACAACUUGUGUAUGUUAUGAGCAUGUAGUUAUGUUCAACGUAAUCAUUUUUAUCAACUCAUAGACAAAAAAGUGCUGUUCAAAUUAUUUUGUCAGGCUAGAGCAUGGAGCAAGUGCAGUUUUAACUGCUAGCUAUCUUAAGAUUGCCCGGUUAGCUUAAUUGGAUAAGCACCAGUCUCCCAAGCAGGAGGCCGCUGGUUGAAACUUUGGCCAAAACAACACUUAGAAGGUGCUGCCUUUGGAAUGAUAUGUGUAGUCUGCGUCAUGCCCGUUUUUUGUGUUGUCACGUAACACUCCUCCCCACAAUCGGCUGCUUAGAAUGGAAGAAGGACGUGACGCCACAAAGAAUGUCUGUGGAGCAGACUAUGACAUGUGCAGAUGGUUAGACUUUCUAUGCUUCUGGGAUACGCACAAUAAACCGCAGGCCCUAACCAGUGUUGUAAAUUAUUAUCCCUGAAAACCCCCUGACGGGAUGAGAGUGGAUGAUAAAGUGAUUUUUAUUUACACUUUCAUUUUUUUUUGUUUGCACCAUUCAAUAACUUUUGCAACUAUGCUUGCAAUGUAGUUGCACCACUGCAAAACAAGUUGCACAAGAUCUUGACUAGUAUAUCUCACCUUACCUUUAAAGUCAAAUGAAGUGAACCUGUCUGCAAUGUUUAUGCCGCAGUUAUUGGUACAAAGGUUAUGUGUUGUCCGGGAUCUAGCUUCAUGCAAUAUGGUUGUUUUGGUGAAAACAUUGCAAGUCAUGUCCAUUUGCAACUUGUAGGGCUAAUAAUACAUGUAUCUAAACCCAAUUUUUUUUUUCCCAAAGUGAAAUACAGUGAAUGUAUUUUUAAUUAUUAAUAACAGGAAAUCCAACUUCUGGCCUGUUGCAUCUGUGAUGAAGGACAUCAUAUCACAUCUUACUGUGAGUUCAAUAAUUAAUGAUUAUAAUUAUUAUUUCUAUUAACCCAUUCGCCCCUGAACCGCCCGUAACCACCCGUGCGGAUCCAGGUCCUUUCUACCCUUUGUGACGUCAUCAGUUUUUACGGUCAAGGACAACUUUCUUGGCUAACUUGUGCAGAGUGAAGAGAUCUUCAAACCAUACCAGAAUGAGCACAAUUCAGUCAAGGACACCGGAGAAAGAAUCAAAAAACCACGUGACAUUGACCUGAAAAUCUCCAUGAAAAUCUUGUUCCAUUGCUCACCUACCUUUGCUUUCACCUAAUCCUAAGAUUCUAAAAGCUUUCCUAAAAACUCUUCCCACCAAAAUGAAGCCUACUAAAUGCCCAGCAAGAGAAAAAAAAAUGAGGCAAGAAGAAAUGAGGCAAGAAGGGAGGAGAGAAAGCGAAAAGUAAAAGUCAAGACUGCUGUGUCACUUUUAAACCCCAAAACUAUCUCGAAAUUUUGCUUACUGCGCAUGCCUGAACUUCGCAAGCCGAUAUUUUGCACCUGGAUCACGAGGCCGCGAAGUGUACGACCUGUAAACCGGUUUGUGGUAAGUUUUAGCUCUUUAUAGCACAACAGUGACCAGAAAACCACUCGACUAGCUUCAAAACGCGUUUUUCGGCAAAAUCUCCAGGAGCGAAUGGGUUAAUAUAAUUAAGUAGUCGUAAAAUUAUUGAUAAAUUCAAGGUCUUAUCGCCCUUGCUGGAGAUGGUAAGUUUAAACAGUUGCAGUUUCAGUUUAUUCAUUUGCCAGAACAAGAUACAGUCAAAUAGUAUGAAUUAUUGCAAAAAUAAUAGUUGAUGGUUUAUUUUAGGCACUAAGUGCUGUACUCUUCUGGAGACUUCUCACCACUUUUUCUGUAAAAUUUGUGCCUGGACCACAGCGUCCCAUUUAUAUAUCAACUGAAAUUUCUGAAAAUUUUUAUAAGCUUAAUGAGAUAUCUCCUGGGGUUGUCUUUCUGAAUGUAAUUUUUUGUUUUUCCUUAUAAACAGGGUCUGAUGGUUCACUCUGUGUCACAGAAAUAGAAACAGUGCUAAAUCCACAGAAAAUGCAGUUAGACACAAAGAAGCCUUCACUUAGCUGCAGAAUACUUCACAGAUUACAUCCUCUACAUACUGGCUCAAGUAAAGACAGGGUAAAUUUUUUCCUUGGUGUUUGUCACUUGUUUCUGUUUUGAUUAGCCUUAGUUUUCUUUGUAGAUUUUUCUUUGGUUAAAUGUAGUCAAAAGAAAGGAGGAUUUCUUAGGCAUUACCAACCAAAGUAUUUCUUUCCUUCUAUGAAACUAAUGUCUUAAAAAUUUUGUAUUGCUUAGGCAUCGUUGAUCUCUGUAACUUUUUUACACAGGGUGCAGUUGCCUUGUCAUCUAUUGAUAAUGACCAUGUUUGUCUCUGUGGAAGCAGUGUCAUUGAUGGCAACCUUAAGGGUAAAAAAUACCUUAACUAUACUUCAAUGUUUAGUUUAAUAUGAAGUAUAAAUACAUGUACAAUGUAGCUUAUGUUUGUCCAUUCUUGUCUACUAAUGCCUUCUUUGGCGUCAUAUAGUUGGACAUUAACUGUGAUAACACCAUUUACUUUAAAAUUUUACGAAAAAAGUAUUUUUGCCUUAUUUAUCUUAGACCUAAUAAUGGUUUGGAACGUCAAGUAUGGAACUUUGCAGUCUUGGCAAACUCUGGACAAAAUAACAACUAAACAGCAUUCCAUUCCACGACCAGUUGGGUCUGAUGGGGCAUGCUGUGUACAUUAUAUUCCUGGAUUCAUCUGCACUGGCUUUCAUCACUGUGUGGCUGUUUGUCAAUUCUCUUUGGAUGCAUGCUCAUUAGCUUCAGCUCUUGGACAGUUAGAUUCCACCGCAAAGUGAGUACAGUAAAUUUAACAUAAAGAUCAAUAUAUAUUGUACAGUCAAAUCAGUAUUAAAUGGUGCUACUUAGGGAAUGGCUUAUUGACCAUGUAAUACAGGUUUAACAAGCGUAAUAGUUACUCAACAAAAUGAAGAUGAUCAAAGAGCAAAAUUUCUUUCCCAUCACGCCAUGAUAGUAUGGUACACUGUACAUCUUGUCAAAGUCACUGUUUAACAAAGGUGAAAACAGAAACAAAAAACUCAUUGGGACCUCGGAAAAGGUGACUGUGGCCACUUAAUACAGCUCAUUUUUAAAGUAAUUAAGGGAUAUUACUUGCAGGACUUUGGUAAGUGACCCCUUAAUAGAGGUUCUCCGCUUGAUAGAGGUUCACUCAAUAGGCCAGGGUGGUCAUUAGGCAUCGGAGAUCGGCGAGUUCUCCUUUACUAUGCAUAAUUCUCCGGCAAGCGUUUGGUAGCUUAUGACUAAUUAUAUUCAGAUGUGGAGCCUCUUUCAAAAUUUUCUCCUGUAACGUUACACUUUUCUCCUGGUACUAGAAUUCUUAAUGAAAACCGUGAAAGGCUAAUGCAAAAAAAUUCUCUCAAAUUGGAAUUUGAGUAUGUUAUUGUAUUUGUCGAAGUGGCCUAUUUGAUUUUAAGGUAUCAUUCUCUACAUGAGUUUUAUUUCAAACUUUGUUUCAUGUCUUUGUAGGUUUCUUGAAGAUGAGAGUUGUAAGCCUCAGCUUCUUGUAACUCUAAAGCUAGCAAGACCAGGCGAGGUAAGAACAGAUUAUUGAUCUCUCAGCUUUAGGGAUGAUCUGUUAACUGCGAUGAUCUCGUUUACUGAAUCUUAUUUGUGCAGGCGCUUCAAAAUUGGUCAGAGACAAUGAGAAAAGAAGAUGAAUUAGAGAAAGAAGUGCUUAAGAAGCUCACUGAUCCAUUACAGGUACAAUUUUUACCUUUCUUAUUAAUAAGAGAGAGGAGGUUGGGGAAGUGAUUUGAUCUUAUACUUGUAUAUAAAAACGCUAACAGGUUCUGUCUACCUCAAAUGAGCUAAAAAGUGGGCAUGGAACGACAGCAGCCUGAUGAUCAUGAGAUUAAAUGAUAUAAUUAUACCGAGGCCUGGCCCCCGUUCCUGGAAACCGAUUAGUCAUAUCUUUUAGGGAAAUAGGUACAUGUAUCAGUGGCUGCCAUUGUGACUAGUUAUGGAGAAAUUUCAAAAAUAAGGUCCAAAAAAGUCAGAGAAUUGGGUCUGAAAGUGAGUAAAGAUUUGAAUAAACGACUGAAGUGUAUCCCAUCCUACAGACAUGGAAGUCGUUUCCUACAUUUGUUUUGAAUCACGAAAAUAUUGACUUUAUAGUAUGAGAAAAUAAUCAUUUCUUUUUCUCUCUUUCAAUCUUUAUUUUCAGACGCCAACGCUAGAAGCGUUUUCUUCAGAGCUGAAAAAUUACAUGACAGUAAAGCUUUCCAAGAAAGGUGUGUACAAAUGAAAUUUCAAAAUUAAACACGCUCACAUAUUAUAAGGGAGUUUUUUUGCCUUAAACAACAACAACAACAUAAAACAGCCAUGCACGUGCAUCCAGUUUUUGGUAUCUCCCUUCGACGUAUUCUGCCCAACAACGACGUGAAAUUUCCUUUUGCCAUGUUUUGUGGAGGACGUAAACACACCACAACAAACUUAAUCUUUUCUUUUUGAAAUUGGAAGUGAUCCCUUCCAAAUCCAGGAAAUUCGCCAUAAUUUGUCAUGAUCGCAAUGGUGUUUGAAGGAUCGAAAAUUCAUUUUCUUUGAUACGCUUGAUACGUUUUUUUCUGCCGUCGUCUAACCCCUGGUUCGUCGUUGUCUCUUCGCUUUUACCUUUUCACCUGAAAAAAAAAGUAAUAAAUGAAUAAAUAGAUACGGUAAUUAGAUAGAUACAUGUAUCAAUGAUUAUCCAGAAAGUGAUUCUUCGUCUGCCAUUGAUUCAGAAUCAAAUUAGUUUUCGUUUUUGAGGAAAGGGGAUGAACGGAGUACUUGUAGGAAAACCCUUUGGAGGAGUCCGUUUCUUGAAAGUCCCGGUAAGUUUUGGGGCUCGAAGUAGUAUCUUUUAAAUCACUGAAAAACUUAGUGCACAGCAGGGAGCAUCUAAGCUUCCAAACAAAUCCGGCCAUUUUGUUUUGUCAACUGAUACAUUUACUGUAUCUUUUUUGAAACUGUUAAAGCCUUGAGGUUGAAUGUAAACACGGCAAACUUGAUACGACUUUCCGAACCCUGUUCAUUAUCGUAACUUUUGAGAAACGGCCCCUAAAGAGGAGAACCAGCAUCAAAUUAAACUUACAUUAUGGCGUCGCCUAUGGGAUUGGAACUUAGGCCAUAUUCGUGGAAGGCGACUGCGCUCAUUGCUGCGCCACCCUUGUUCACCUUAAGUAUAAAAACACACGAAAAAUAGACAAAGCAAAUGUUAAAACUAGACAUAGUGUAAUUGUUUUUCCGAUCAAAUUUUGUAGAUAACAAAAGCAAACCAGGGACAACAUUUCAUGGAAAGGUAGGUCAAUACGCUGCUGUCUUAAGUAUUUUCUCUUUGCUUACUGUUGAUGGUGGUUUUUAGUAAAAACGAGCGUUAAAAGUUACCGAAAAAUUCUGACUUAAACUACAUGUCAUGGCUUCCGCUAUAUUACGGAUGUUUUACUUGUAAAAAUAUGCGGAAACUUAACGUUAUUUUUUCGCGUUUUUUAAGCUAGCGAAGACAGCCGCGAAGCGAGCGAAGAGCGCCAGACACGCACGUUUCUCGCGCUCUAUGUCUGACGCACGCUUGCUUCGCUCGCCUUACAAAUGCGAUAAAAUAACGCCUGUUAUGCAGGCUAUACCGUUAGUUGCCUUCAGUCUAAAAUGCUUAAAAAGCAUGAAUGUCGUAGCUCAUCCGGCGUUUUGUAGUUCAUCCAGUUAUCGGUCUACGUGUCCGUUCGUUACUGCUUGGUUUAUCUAUUACUGAUUUCAAGCUUUUAUCUUCUGGUUAGUUCGGCAAGAAAACAGAAGUGUUAUCUCAGCAUUUUAUAUCUGCUGUUCUGUGCAGAUGUAUCAGUGAAAAGAGCUUUUGGCCUCGGGAGUGUGUGUCUGAACUUCUUAAAACCAAAUGUGUUCCUGCCAGGUUAGUGCUGAAAGACUUAAAACCUGUUUUACUGGUCCCUCGUCAGAGUAAAUCAGGUUAUUGUGGGUUGUGCGUUGUUUAUACAGCUCUUUCGAGAAAGGUUGUCGGAAAAAGUGCACGCGACAAUCCCGAAAGGUAUUGUGGGUAAGAAUGGCACGAGAGGCCAUAGUUGUAUGUUUGCGAGUGUUAAAGGAAAGCAACAAAAGCAGGUUCGACAGCUUCAGUAUCAGGAAUAGUGUAUUGAUCAUAUCCCAUAUUACCUUUCGGGAUUCUCGCGUGCACAUUUUUUCCCACAACCUUUCUCGAAAUAGCUGUUUACCGGAUGUUGCAGCUGUGGUGUAAACUCACGUGUGAGAUUAUGGAAAAUAAACCACUAGGGUCCCGGAUGUAGUUUUUAUGAAUUUUACGAGUGGUAUAUUUUCCAGUAAAACACUCGUGUCUAUAUAAUAAAUAUGUAUAUCAUGUAUAUUAUGUCAAAGAUUUCUGUUAUUUCAUCUUGUUUUAGUUGCAGUAAAGACCUACUGAAUUGUGUUGUGGAAAAAAAUGAUCUGGUGAGCAAAUGAAAAGAAACAUCUAGACUUAUCCUUUGCAUUUGAUACAGAAUUGAUAUGAGAAUUGAGAAAAUGUCAAACCCGUGUACAAUCUUAGACAGAGUACGCUUCGUAAGAAUGGAUACAAGAAAGCAAUCCUAGUCAGAAUUUAUGUGUUAUCCACUAAAAUUGGAGAUGUUGUGGUUCAAUUUUAUCUUUGGUUUGAUUUUUAUUUUCUUUUGUUUUGGGGUCUGGUAAUGUAUGAAAUUUGAGUUUGAAACAAGAGAAAAUAGAAAUUUAACCAAGGAUAAAAUUGAUCCACAUCGUAGUUAUAUCUAUUAACCUCUAAGUUGAGACAUGUAACUGCAAGUUUUAUUUUUCUGGCGGUGUAGUGAAUUGUGUUCGUCUUUUAAACUUGAUUAUCAUAUUUUUCGUCACUUACACAAGCAGAGAGAAAAUGCUUAGCUUCCGGCCCAGCCACAGCCUUGUUCAUAGUAGAGCAUGUCUCGCGAUUUGUGACCUGAUUAGUUUAGUCCGGGACGCUUAUCAGAGUUGGACUGUUGGUACUGAUAUAAAUUGCCGCUCGUGGAACUUCCCUGGUGAACCAGUCUGGAUCUCUUUCCGAAUAUGUCAACAUCGUGCUCUGGUUUGUCUAUGUCUGAAUGUGUCUACUUAGAUACUUCUAAGGAGGUGCCGGCAUCGUUUUGUGUGUAUGUGUUCUGACAAACGUGUCUAAAAGAAUGAUACAUCUUUUGAUACAUUCCACAAUUCCGUCUCCUCCACUGCAACACUGUCCGAGUUGUAACGGUUUCAAUCGAUCUUCAGGCUUUCACGGGGUUGUCUUGGUAGCUUUAGGCAUGUGCUAAUGCCGUAUGAACUUAUCACUCUUUUGAUCUUCUUUGUUGUGCUCUUCACGUAGGUAAUUCUGCCUCUUGUUGUAUCUGAAGCUUGUCGUCAACUGGUGGUUGUAGUCUCGGCUAUUUUGGUUGGCUGGUAUGUAAUCCCUUGCCAAUUGUCCAUGCUGGGAAACCGUAAUUACUUUAUUAUUUAUUUUGUAGGAUCUACUCAAAGAAUGCUUCGAGAAUAUCAAAGGAAUUUCUGAGGAUUCAGUUGUUGUGUGCUUACGUCACGUGCUGAGGUUUGUGGUUCCUCUUUUCUCAAACUUUAUAGAGUCUACUUCUCUCGCAGGCUACUGCUACUUUCAGGUAUUGAGAAUAAAAUUAGCCAAUGUAUGAAAAGUGGAUAAAAGCUACAAGACAGAUCUAGUCGAGUAUGCUCGUUAGCAUGUUCCGUGGAAAGCUAAAAAGCUAAGGAUAUUUCAUUGUUUCUUUGGGAGCGUAAGUACCGAAUACCGAAAAAUGUUUUACGGAUAGUAGACUGUACUGAAUCUCCCUUUUCUGGGGGACGUUCAUAAAAAACAACAACAACAACAACCAAAACGUUGUAAACGGGAUUUAUUUUUAGGAAAUGCAUUUAUCCAUCUAUGGAUACGAAAGCACGGUUAAAAAAUCAAUAUCAUGCAGGAUUCUUGCAAGAUACACACGGACCUGGUUCCUACUUACUGAAUCCAAACACGUGUUAUAGUUUUCCCACCCCGUUGCUAACUUUCCUAGUCUGCUUGUUGGCAGGAUAAAAUUUUAAUCCAUUUCCUAUUAGAAUAGAGUCCUCUUCGAAGGAAAACGACCUGGAUGGACUACAGACCGAAGACGAUGUUCAUAAGAUGCCUUUGGGCAAGACAACUGCCAAGUAUUUGUAUCCUGAAAUUUGCGGCAUACAGUAAUUGAAAUAAAGUGAACCAGUUUUGGUGUUAAUUCAAAGCUAAUUUCAUCUUUUAGCACUAUAAUUAUGUAUUGUCUUAAUGCAAUUUUUAGUUGAAAUUUUAUUUUAUAUUUGGAGACUCUUAUUUGCCUGUUCAGAUCUUUAGUCCUUAACUAUUUGCAAGAUCAUCGAUAUUAAGUUACCCUGUAAACAACGUUUUCCUUCUCCCAUGCUUAAAGCAGCUGUCCUUUGAAGACGCUGUUGUAAGUAUUUUAUCAAUGUUAGUUUGUAUCACCGAAUUUUUUUUAAAAUUCUUUCGCAUGUUAUAUCUUUUAUUUGUUGCCUUAAACAGAAGAAGUCACGGUGUGGUCCACUUCGCUCAAAUGCGUCCAAAAACACCAAAAUCGGUGGUUCCGUUUCAUCACUUGCUAAGAUCAGGCCUGACUUGUUCAAAUGUUGGUGCAUUGUUUCGCUAUCCACCGUGUAAAUCACUAUCCCGCCGCAGUGGGUACGCCGCAUCAAGGAAACUGUUUGCGCUGUCCGGUGGAUAGAGAUUAUCCAGUGGAUAGCGUUAUCCAGCUUUUGAACACCUAAGCCAGUACAACAAAGUUUUUCCAUCUGUGGCAGAGACGUAUAUAUCACCACUGGAAAGAACAACACGGUCUUUUGUAAUAAUCACUGUAAGAACAUAGUAAUGAGCCAUAUGAAAGUAUUGCCCAUUAACUUUUAUUCGAAUGCUCAGCCUUAAGCAUUUCGUUCACAGACUCAAAGUAAUCCUCUUUGUUCCCGAAUAUAAACAGUGCCAGUCACAGGAAAGUACUGUGUAGCCCCCGAAAUGACCCCGACUGUCAUUUAAUUAGUUUGUUAACUUGGGAGGGUUAUUGGGCUACUUAUUGAUAGAAAACUUCUUUUCUUCCUUUCGCGCAGUUGUUAAUGAAGUUCCUUCUGUAUCUUAUGGACGGUGGUUUGAAUAACUUUCAAGGUGAAAUGGACUGCGAGAGGCUAAGAUAUCCACAGGUAGACUUUUUACGUCAUUUAUGAUCGUGAUCCGCAGAAAUCUGCGGAAACCUAAUUUAAAAAAGUUGGUGAUCCUGGAGAUCUUAGUUACUGUCGUGAUAAUUUGAAUAAACCAGUUUUCACUGUAGCACACAUGCUUCUGUUUUCACUGAAUAAUUAUGCUGUACUUGUAUUUUAGGUAUUGGACUGGGCGGGAUUACUGUUAAAUGCUCAUUACACUCAGCUGGUGAUAACCCCUGAAGCCCACGAAUUACUGGUCAGCUGUCACAAGAUUGUGGCUCAACAGGUACACGAACAUCAAACUCUUUUUUUUUGUUUUUGUCUCGUUACAAUCGCCCUCAUUUGUGCUACUCAAUCUCGACAAGAGAGAAUGUCAGUCUCGAGGGCUCGAAGUUAACUUUUUGUUCCACUAGCAAAGUUUUAUUACAGAUGUUUUUCUUCCAGCAAACUGGUAAGACCACUAGCAAAUUCUUGAUUUAGUUGCUUUCCCUUGAAAAGCUGUCUGUCAUCACCUACUGUCUGGCUAAUUAUGAUCAGCCAUUGCCACGAUUAGCCUAUGUUAUAGGCAAGUAACUGAUUAAAGAUUAUAUACCGGUAAUUGAUAGUUAGAGUAAUUAUAGAAUAUUUGUCUUUUGUAUAGUGUAAAGAAUUAUGCAGAUCUCGGAGAGAAUUCAGGUCCGCCUCGGCCAAAUUAUUCACUCAAAAUAUUUUCAAUUGAAAAACUUUGCAAACAAAGCCAUUUCAAUGCUGACCCUGGCGAAAAUUUGUUCGGACUAGUGUAAACAGUACUGUACGUAUUCACAUACUUUUAUUUUUUCUGUAGAUUAAAACUUACGGCAAGCUACGUAUUCUCGAAAACUUGUUAGAGCACAUUAAGAAAAGAAAACCUUUGCCCAAGAGUGAUAAAGUUGGACUUUACACCAUCGAAGAAUUGGAACUUUAAAGCUUGCUUUUCACUUGUCGUGGAUGUCAAUGAGCUUUGUCGGGGCUACGCCAAGAUUUCCAAAGGUCCUGAGACGGUCGUGGGCCUUGAGCCAUAGCUGGCUACGUUGAAGAGAAACGGGAAACAAGAAAAACAGAAUAGCUUCUCUACAGAUUGUGCUGUUCCUGCACCUCAGGAAAUGUUGCUGAGUGGACUUGUGGCAGAAAUUUGUUGUUUUUAAAACCUGACUGAAGAUAGCCUUCUUUCCGUAUCCGUUGAAUGUAGUGCUUUUUACAGGACAACUCAUGUUUUCGUUCUUGUUUAGUUUGCGUAGCCAAUCAAACACUGACGCUUACCCGUCUGAACACUAAAGUACAUCAAGUGAGAGUAGAGAUGUUCAGUAUUGUACACUGUCUCCUAAGUAACUAAUAAUUGAGUAUCAGCGAUUCUUUCCCUAGAAAUGCUAGAACGAAAAUGGGAAAACAGCGAAUCCCAUGGGUCCUAUUUGAGUGUAAUAAAGUUGAAAGUAGGGCGUGAUCCAUUUGCUACCAUAGCUCAGGACUGGUAACGUAACACACGAGUCAGUUUCUCGUGAUUCAGCCGAUCCCUUGCUGUACAUAGUUUAGGCAGUCAUUGAAAUGAGGUUUUAAAAGUUACACCUUUCUCAAAGAAACCUAGAAAUAAG